ACUUUCUCGUACAACAAACACUUUCAACAACCUUAUUUUCGUCCAAAUCCCAAACCACAAAAACACCGUCACUAUGUGUCCAACAGGAUCUUCCGUAUGGCCGGCAAGACCCCUCUCGGACCUCCGGUCCGCAUUCGAGAUCCUGGACGUCGACCACGACGGCAAAAUCAGCCACCAGGAUCUCAAAACCUCCUACACCGAUGCAGACGACGAUGUCAUCGGCUCGAUGAUAACGGUAGCCGAUUCGAACAACGACGGUUACGUUGAGUACGAGGAGUUCGAGAGCGUGUUGAAUAGUGAUGUUGCAGGUAACAACGGCGUGUUGGAAGAGGUGUUUAAGGCGAUGGAUGGAGACGGUGACGGGAAGGUAGGGUUUAGUGAUCUUAGGAGGUAUCUUGGGUGUGCUGGAUUUGAGGUUGAUGAUGAUGAGAUUAAGGCGAUGAUUAAGUUGGGUGGUGGAGAUGGGAAUAGAGAUGGAGUUACGUUUGAAGGGUUUGUGAAGAUACUUGCUGUUUGAUUGUUGAUGAUGAUAUUGAUGAAUAUAGAGACAAGUUAUAUGGUUUAUGUUUAUCGGUUAGACCGACUAUUUUCAUUGUUGUUGUUAUUAUACAUGUGAAAGUUAUUGGAAUUAUUCGAUGAAUUGAAAUCAUGAAUAAGUUUUUUGGA